CGAACCAGAGUAAAGUCAUGAGGACAUUUUUAGACACCAGUCUCCUCUCGUUAAUGUUGUUCUCCUGCUUAAACUUUGCUGUGUCCUCCUCUCUUUAUUCUUCCACUUGUCAGUUACAGAAACAGUUUGAUCUCAAUGGGAUGCACAAAACUGGAGAUGUGAGUCUAGGUGGAAUUUUCAGAUUUCACUUCUUUCCAGGUUAUCCUGACCUGUCUUUUACCUCAGAGCCACAACACCCUACCUGCUAUCGCUUUAGUGUUGUAGGAUUCAGACAGGCUCAGACCAUGGCCUUUGCUAUUGAUGAGAUCAACAGAAACUCCAACCUGCUGCCUAAUGUGACUCUGGGAUACAGUCUGUAUGAUAACUGUGCCCAACUAGGAACUGCAUUCCGUGCAGCAAUGACCUUAGUCAGUGGUAAAGAAGAGCAAGUUACUUUAGAGGAGAACUGUGUAGGAACUCCUCCAGUCCUAGGGAUUGUAGGAGAUGCUUCCUCGACUCGUUCUAUUGCAAUAUCCCCAGUCUUAGGUUCGUACAGAGUGCCACUGGUGAGUUAUUUUGCCACAUGUUCCUGUCUGAGUGAUCGACAAAGGUUUCCAUCUUUCUUUAGGACGAUCCCGAGUGAUGCUUUUCAGGUGAAUGCUAUGAUUCAGAUUCUAAAACACUUUGGCUGGACUUGGACAGGUCUGCUCAUCAAUGAUAAUGAUUAUGGAUUCCACGCUGCCCGAUCGUUUCACUCUGAUCUGGGUCCAGCUGGUGGAGGUUGUCUGGCUUACACAGAGAUUUUGCCCCUUGUUUACGACCCUGCUGAACUAAAGAGAAUAGUGGAUGUAAUAAGGAAAUCUACAGCUCGAGUGGUGAUUGUGUUUGCAAGUCAGCGUCGCAUACUCAACCUCAUGAAAGAGGUGAAUCAGUUUUGGGAACACAUAUUUCAGUGUAGAUUUGCACCACCUCCAGCAGGUUGGGUCGAUAGUGGAGGAGAAUUAUGCACUGGACAGGAAGAUAUAGAGAAUGUGGAGACUGAUUUCUUGGAUGUUUCAAACCUCAGGCUAGAGUAUAAUGUGUAUAAAGCUGUGUACGCUCUGGCGUAUGCUCUUGAUGACAUGCUGCAGUGUGAGCCAGGGAGAGGACCUUUCAGCAACAACACCUGUGCUCAUUUACAAAGGCUGGAGCCAUGGCAGCUUAUGCAUUACUUGGAAAAAGUCAACUUCACCACAACAUUUGGUGAUCAAGUGUCAUUUGAUGAAAAUGGUGAUGCCUUACCUGUAUAUGACAUCAUAAAUUGGGUGUGGCUCCCUGAUGGAACAUCUAAAGUUCAGAGAGUGGGUGAAUUUAAGAGGUCAGCCUUCAAAGGUGAAAAACUCACACUGGAUGAAGACAAAAUCUUCUGGAACUUUGAAUCCAAACAGCCUCCUCGGUCAGUGUGCAGUGAGAGUUGUCCUCCAGGUACCCGCAUGGCCAGAAAGAAGGGGGAACCUGAGUGUUGUUUUGACUGUGUCCCUUGUUCUGAGGGAAAGAUCAGCAAUACAACUGACUCCAUGGAGUGCACCAGUUGUCCAGAAGAUUUCUGGUCCAGCCCCCAGCAUGACCACUGUGUUCCUAAGAAAACAGAGUUCCUCUCCUACCAUGAGCCUCUGGGUAUCUGCUUGACAACCACCUCCCUGUUGGGCACAUGUAUCUGUGUUGUUGUUCUGGGUAUCUUCAUCCAUCAUCACAGCACACCUAUAGUUCGUGCCAACAAUUCAGAACUCAGUUUUCUUCUCUUGGUGUCACUUAAGUUCUGUUUCCUCUGCUCUUUGCUCUUCAUUGGACGACCCAGAUUAUGGACUUGCCAACUAAGACAUGCAGCAUUUGGCAUCAGCUUUGUGCUUUGUGUCUCAUGUAUCCUGGUGAAAACCAUGGUGGUUCUUGCUGUGUUCAAGGCCUCCAAACCAGGAGGUGAGUCCAGUCUCAAGUGGUUUGGUGCUGUGCAGCAGAGAGGGACAGUUCUGGUUCUGACUUCUGUUCAAGCAGCAAUCUGCACUGUCUGGCUUGUCUCUGCUUCACCAGUGCCUCAUAAAAACAGCCAGUACCACAGUGGCAAGAUAGUUUAUGAGUGUGUAGUUGGGUCCACAGUUGGAUUUGCUGUUUUACUUGGUUAUAUUGGUUUACUGGCUGUCCUCAGUUGUUUGUUAGCUUUUCUAGCAAGGAAUCUUCCAGACAGUUUCAAUGAGGCCAAACUCAUCACUUUCAGCAUGUUGAUCUUCUGUGCAGUGUGGGUGGCCUUUGUCCCUGCUUACAUCAGCUCACCAGGCAACUAUGCAGAUGCAGUGGAGGUAUUUGCCAUCCUGGCCUCCAGUUUUGGCCUCUUGGUGGCGCUGUUUGGACCCAAAUGUUACAUAAUCCUAUUCAGACCAGAGAGAAAUACAAAGAAAGCCAUCAUGGGUCGAGGCACUGACACUUAAAACCAGCAAAAUGAAAAUGUUGUUUUCAUAUAAUAAUAAUUCAGGUGUAGAAUCUGUUAAUUAUGAUAAUGUUAUGUGAAAAAGUAUGAACCUAAAUAGCCACAAUAAUUUAUAGUGAUGUACAGUAUGUAGUGAGCAGAGAGAUACGCUUAACACAUGAGCAGAUAUUUUAGGCUCAACUUAACAUGUAUUUUCAAUCUAUGACAAAGUACAAGUACUGCCAUCUCCCUACACAAAACCAAAACGUACAAUAACUUUCAGGAACGUAAAUAACAUCGAUUCCCCCUCUUUCAGUCAUUAUCUCCAGCUUCUUCUCCCACCUACAUCCUCCUCAGUCUCCAACCUCGUGGAUUUCUACAACAACAGCCUAUCAUCCAUCCUGGACUCUCAUGCACCAUUGAAAAACAGUCUCCUUCUCCCGGUCUGCCCCAUGGUACACAAAGGAGAUGAGGCAGAUGAAAAGGUCAGGCCGUGUCCUGGAGCGAGCCAGCAUAGCAUCUGGCCUGACGGUGCAUAAGUUGGCCUACCGGGAACAUCAAAGAUCUUACGCUAAAGCCCUUUCCGUGUCCAGGUCAGAACACUAUUCCACAAUCAUCAACAAUAACCCAGGUAACUCCAAGCAGCUCUUCUCUACAAUAAAUCACAUUCUCAAACCUCCAAUCACUCCAUACUACACUCAUACUGACAGUAACUGCAACAAGUUCCUUGAAUUUUUUACCUCCAAAAUUGACAAUAUCCGCUCAUCUAUCAUACAAACACAUAGUCCCAUUCAAGACAUCCCGGCAAUUUUCAGCACACAACAUUUCUCACAUUUCACCCCCACAAUGCAGCAGGAGGUCGAAAAGAUCAUUCACAGAUCCAAACAAUCCACCUGCUCCCUUGAUCCCCUCCCUUCUCGCUCAAAACACACAACCAAUUCAUUACCCCUCUCCCAACAAAAAUCAUUAAUCUUUCUCUCCAAACAGCCAACGUUCCUCCCUCCCUCAAAACAACUUUGAUUAAACCCCUACUCAAAAAAACAACCUUAGACCCAAUCCCUCUGUCAAAUUACAGACCCAUUUCAAACCUGCCAUUCAUUUCCAAAAUCCUAGAGAAAGUUGUUUCCAUCCAGCUUCACAACCAUCUCAAAUCAAAUUAUCUAUAUGAAAAAUUCCAAUCCGGUUUCCUCCCUUCCCACAGCACAGAAACAGCUCUCAUCAGAG